AUGGCCACAGAUCCAGAAGAACUCCCCGACGCCCCCGAACAAGACACACUUGCAACCACAUCCGCAUCACCCACCACCAAAAAACGCAAAAAGCCCUCCACCAAACCCGCAACAACCCAAUUCUCGAUCCGCCACCCAACCUGGUCCUACAUCCGCCUGCAACACCUCUCCCCAACCCCCAACCCCACUCAAGACCUCGACACCAUGACAGCCCACAUGCACCUCACCGGCGCGCUCUCCACCUUCCUCGGCCUGCACGGCUCAGCCAUAACCUUCGACAUUCUCAAACUCGAGGGCCAAGAUGUCUGGAUUCGGGUGCAGGCCGAGGAUCGCGCGGCGGUGGUCGCGGCGACGGGGGGUUGGGUGAGUAAAGCGAGGGAGGGGUGGAAGGUGAAGGGGUGGAGUUGUUGGAAUGCUGCGGCUGGGGGGAGGGAUGCGGCGGGAGGGGAUUUGUUUGAUGAUUGA